UUAAUGGGGCUCAAGGAGGAGAGCGUCCUACCCAUCAUGCUGAGCGUGCAACAGCAACAUCACCACCACGGCCUUCACGGCACCUCGAGCGCGCAGACCCAUCGCGGCAACGUGAUUGUCUCCACCAAUAGCAUGCCGACCAGCAACAACAAUAGCGGCACUCUGCAGCACGGAUGCAAGCGAUCGAAAAUCUACGGGCAGCCCACCGGUCCGUACAGCACGGUGCCGCAUCAGCCCGCCUCGGUGGCCAGGCGAAACGCGCGCGAACGUAACAGAGUGAAGCAGGUGAACAACGGAUUCGCCACCCUGAGACAACAUAUACCGCAGAGCGUGGCGCAGUCACUUGGAAGUAGUACGACCGGGACUCACGGUGGUUCCCGUGCCGGCAGCAAGAAGCUGUCGAAAGUGGAGACCUUGAGAAUGGCGGUGGAGUACAUCAGGAGUCUCAAGCGUCUGCUGGAGGAGCACGACGGCACCAACGAGUCCAGCGGAUCCUCACCGACUUCUUCGACGUCCUCCAACUCGCCCAUGUGUGGUUCCGAAAACGGGGUCGAUUCCGGCCACCAUGCGGCGGAACUCCGACUACGUGGUAGCGUCACCGGGGAGAUUCGUCAUCACGACAGCCCGCACGGAUCCGACUUGCACCGGCAUCAACACCUCAGGCAGAACCCGAGCCCGACCUUCGUCCCUACGACGUGUUCGGAGGCGUCGAGUUCGCCAACGCCGAGCUUCGUCUCCGAGGCCUCGUCGGCCGGGAGCCAAGGCUACAGCACGCCGGGCACGCUUUACACGAUGCAUUCCGACAGUUACGACAAUUACGAGCCGAUGAGCCCGGAGGACGAGGUGUUGCUGGACGCCAUCACCUGGUGGCAGCAGAGUCAGUGA